AUCCACAAUCAAACCAACUAGUAUUCAAGGUUUGCUAACUGAUAUCCACCAUGAAAUUAACUAUUGUUCCACAUUCACGAACUAAUAUCCAAACAAAACAAUAGAGUAUUCAUGAAUCACAUAAUUAGUAUCCACCCAAUCAAUUACGAACUAAUUUCCACAUCCAAACCAACUAGUAUUCAAGUUUUGCUAACUCAUAUCGAUUAGUACACUUGGUAAUAUUUUGGUAUUGGUCCGUAUACAUGAAUUAGUAACGACGCUACGAUGAAUUAGUAUUCUAGUAUACAUGACAUCGGUCCAUAUACAUUUAUGAAUUAGUAUUCUAGGUUUGCUAACUCAUAUCGAUCAGUACACUUGGUAGUAUUUUGAUAUCGGUCCAAACACAUUUAUGAAUUGGUAUCCAUGGCAUUAAAUAACAACGAUCUACCAAAAAAACCCAGAAAACAAAAAAAGCCAAGAAACCGAAGAAAAAAAGAACAAUCGCCGAAGAGAAAAAAUUCACCACAAGGAACAAAACCUGCAACAUCAUAUCUCCAUAAGAGGCACCCCAAGCUCCAAUGAUCCAAAGAUGAGCAAGACCAAAUCAUAUCUAAAUUCCCAGAGAGAAGGAAGAGAAAAAAUUUCAAAAUAAAGAAAAAAUAGAGGAUUUCUCAACACAGGCGGAUACUAGUCGUGCAUUAAUAUGGCUAGUGGCUAGGGGGAAUCAUACCUAAGUGAGUUCCCAACCUGUAAUUAGAUGAAUUUUAACUAUAGUUUGCUAGAGUAGUUUUAAUUCUUCUAUCUUAUUCUGGUUUGCUAGAUAAUUAACUGAAGCUGGGUAAUAGUAACUUUAGAGACCCGUGGAUUCGAUAUUUAUUACUUGAGAAACUAUAUUGCAGUCCCUUUCAUUGGUUACACUUGGCCGUUGUUAGGAGUUGUGUCAUAGCGAAUCAAGUUUUUGGCGCCGUUGUCGGGGACUUUCUAGAUUAUUAGGAAAGGCAGAAGUUUGUUAAUUUAGCUUUUCUUUCUGUUGUUUUUCUUUUCCACCCUUGCUUUUCACUUAGGUGUUUUUUGUUGGUGCAGAUAUGAAUCAUGGAUCAUCAUGGCUUCUCCAACCAUUGGGGGUAUCCACCACCACCCGAGUGGUAUUACCCCGAGACUUCCUGGAGAAAUCAAGGAGGAGAAGACUAUGGAUUUGGGUUCUAGUACCAACCCCCUUACUACGGAGAACAAUCAGACCCCUGAGCAUAUCAAGAACAACCUCCUUAUCAAGAAGAAUUUCUCCCACAACCAGAAGGGCUAUCGGAGCUAGAGUUAGCCAUGGCGGCCUUCACGGGCUAUUCUGCAGAGCCAUGCUACACUCCACGACCAAAUCCAAACUAUGAAUUGAGGCUUCUCGUGUAGCAGUUUGCUCGAGACACUGAGAGAUCAUACUCCAAGAUGGAUAUUUGUAACCAAGCCUAUCGUGAAACAGAGGAGAUCCUCUUGAGCAUUAAGAAGAGCCUCGAUGAUCUUGAGAAAUCUUAUGCACAGCCUGCUCAAGAUCACCCUUCUGCUACUGUACUAGAAGAGGAGGAGGAAGACGAAGUCUAUGAAGACAUUGUGGAGCAGACAAAAGUUGUCACGGAGAGCUCCCGUGAUGAUCAUGAUAAAAAAUGUCCUGUCGUAGCCGACCACACCUUCCCACAUCCCACACUGAGCUUUGAAGAGGCGAGCAUGAAUGAGGAGAUGCAAAAUGAUCUCAUCAAAGAAAUUGCUUGGCGACUUGCUCUCCAAUCCGUGCUGGAGGAAGAAGAUCAAGAAAGGGUGCUGAAAGAAGUUGCGGAGGAUGACGAAAGUGAAGCAGAAGGAGUUCUUGAUCCUUUUCUAGGGGUGAUACCACAUUUUGAAGAAGGAAGGGAGGUUGAAGAAGCAAUUUGCGUCCAAGCCGAGGAUGAAGUUGAGGUGGAAGAGGCUUGCACCGGCCAUGAGUUACAUGUGAUAUCUCCACCAAACUUCGAGGAACUGCUUAGCAAGGACCCAUUUGCAGUGUCUCUUAGCCAGACCAAGGCCACAUCGACAUCGGUCUCUCUUGGUGGACGCGAUGGUGGCCAAUCGAUGUUGUCAUAUCUAGUUUGGGGCAAUCAGACGAGAGAAGAGAAGAAGAGGUCUCGAGGGUGGAGACUUCAUCUGCAUCAAGUGCAUGAGCCUUCAUCACCUGCCACACCACAUGCUCGUGACUUGAGACUCCACCUCAUCGACGAGAACCUCAACUUCAAAGAGGUUUUGGGGUGAAAUGGAUGUAUAGAUCUGAAUUUUUGGAAAUUCAUCUAUGUGGGUGACUAUUUUGAAUGUGGAAAUUUUUAUAAAUAUGGCAUUAAAUUUGGAAUAUUUUUGGUUGUGUGGAUCUAAAUUGGAUUUAGGGAUCUCGGUUUUUGAAAAUGGUUGUGUAUGUGACGUUUUUUAUUAUGAAAUGGGGGGUUAUGUGGGUUUAAAAUUGGGAAAUAUGUGAUUUGUUUGUGAAUUUGGCAGAUUUGAGGGUCUGGGAUUAUUUGUUGAAUAUGUUCUUAUUUCAGUCAAUUGAUGAUGGUAUUUGUAUCUAUGUGCUAGAAAAUAAAGGAAUUGAACUAAAAAUAUAUAAGGGAGUAAUAAAUGACAAUAAGUAAA